AAGUCUUGCUCUCCUUCGGGUCCUCUUCUCCAUCUAACAAGUGAAGGUUCUGGUUCUCCCCUCCUUCCGUCCAAGUUCAAUUCGUCUCCUUACACUUAAAUCUUUUUUAAUACCCAGAUUUUAUAUCCUUUUCUCUUUCUACCUUGGCAAAUUUUCGUUGAAAAUUAGUUCUUUUUAUUGUUAGCCUCUUCAUUUCUUGAUUAUUGAGUGAGAAACGGUGAAGAAAUUGUAGAAGCAGUAGACGAUUCCUUCGGGUUACGAUAUGGCGGCCGCAAAACCCCAGAGGACUCCUCAAGAAGUUGAGGAUAUAAUUCUCAGGAAAAUUUUUCUCGUUUCCCUCACUGAUGCCACGGGAAACGAUCCUAGAGUCGUUUACUUGGAAUUGACAGCAGCUGAGAUUCUCAGCGAGGGCAACGAAUUGAGGCUUUCACGGGACUUGAUGGAACGGGUUCUGAUUGAUCGGCUUUCUGGAAGUUUCUCUUCUGCUGAAUCCCCUUUUCAGUACUUAAUCAGUUGCUGUCAACGAGCGCACGAUGAGGGUAAAAAAAUUGCAAACAUGAAAGAUAAAAGUUUGAGGAGUGAGAUGGAAUCCGUGGUGAAACAAGCAAAGAAGCUGUGUGUAGCAUAUUGUAGAAUUCAUUUGGCGAAUCCUGACAUGUUUCAAAGUGGAAAUUCUAGUGCGAGUAAACAUCAGAACUCGCCAUUGUUACCACUCAUUCUCUCUGAGGUCGGUGGCACCAUCAGUGGCUUUGGUGGGAGUGGCAAUGCUGGCGGAGUUAAAAGCCCGCCUGGGUUUCUGGAGGAAUUUUUCAGGGACUCAGACUCUGAUAGUUUGGAUCCAAUAUUGAAAGGGUUGUAUGAGGAGUUGAGGGGUAGUGUGAUGAAAGUUUCAGCUCUUGGGAAUUUCCAAGACUCUUUGAGGGCAUUGCUGUACCUGGUUAGAUUUCCCAUUGGUGCAAAGUCUCUUGUAAGCCACAAUUGGUGGAUUCCUAAAGGAGUUUACAUGAAUGGACGUGCAAUUGAAAUGACAAGUAUUUUAGGCCCUUUCUUGCAUGUUAGCGCUCUUCCUGAUCACGACUUUUUCAAGAGUCAGCCAGACGUUGGGCAGCAAUGCUUUUCGGAUGCAUCUACUCGCCGUCCACCUGAUUUGCUAUCUUCAUUCACCACGAUUAAAACUGUCAUGAAUAACUUAUAUGAUGGCCUGAGUGAGGUUCUCCUCAUUCUUCUGAAAAGUACAGAUACUCGUGAAAAUGUACUUGAGUAUCUUUCUGAGGUAAUCAAUAAGAACGCAUCCAGGGCUCAUAUACAGGUUGACCCUAUAACUUGUGCAAGUUCAGGCAUGUUUGUAAAUCUCAGUGCUGUUAUGCUUCGUCUCUGUGAGCCAUUUUUAGAUGCAAAUUUAACAAAAAGGGAUAAGAUUGAUGCAAAAUAUGUCUACUAUUCAAACCGUCUGGAUUUAAGAGGCUUGACUGCCCUUCAUGCAUCUUCUGAGGAAGUUGCUGAAUGGCUAAAGAGUAAUGAUGGCGAGAAACGUCUGCAGCAAUCUCAGGAAGCAACAAGUUCUGGUAGUAACAAUGCUGGUGAUCUUGCAAAUGCAAAGCCUGUAUCACAUGCUGAAAAGACAAAAUACCCAUUUAUUUGCGAAUGCUUCUUUAUGACUGCAAGAGUUCUCAACUUAGGCCUCUUAAAAGCAUUUUCUGACUUCAAACACUUAGUUCAGGAUCUUUCUAGGUGUGAAGAUUCUCUUUUAACACUCAAAGACACGCAGGCACAGUCACCAUCUCCUCAGUUGGAUUUAGAUAUAGCUCGACUUGAAAAACAAAUAGAGGAGUACUCACAGGAAAAGCUUUGUUAUGAAGCUCAGAUAUUGCGGGAUAACACAUUUAUUCAAAAUGCUCUUUCCUUCUACCGCUUGAUGAUUGUUUGGUUGGUUGGCUUGGUUGGGGGAUUCAAGAUGCCUCUACCAUCAACUUGCCCAAUGGUAUUUGCUUCGAUGCCCGAGCAUUUUGUAGAAGAUGCAAUGGAAUUGCUCAUAUUUGCUUCUCGAAUUCCAAAAGCCUUAGAUGGGGUUGUGCUGGAUGAAUUCAUGAACUUCAUUAUUAUGUUCAUGGCCAGUCCUGAAUUUAUCAAAAAUCCAUAUUUGAGGGCAAAGAUGGUUGAAGUCUUGAAUUGCUGGAUGCCGCGUAGGAGUGGGUCAUCUGCUACAGCCACUCUAUUUGAAGGGCACCAGCUGUCUCUUGAGUACCUUGUGAGGAAUCUUUUGAAGCUUUACGUUGACAUUGAGUUUACUGGUUCUCACACUCAGUUUUAUGACAAGUUUAAUAUCCGCCAUAAUAUUGCCGAACUGCUAGAAUACCUGUGGCAGGUCCCUAGUCAUCGUAAUGCCUGGAGACAGAUUGCUAAAGAAGAGGAAAAGGGCGUCUAUCUAAAUUUCUUAAACUUCUUGAUCAAUGAUAGUAUUUAUCUUCUAGAUGAAAGUUUGAACAAAAUUCUUGAGCUAAAAGAAUUGGAAGCUGAGAUGUCAAAUACCAGUGAAUGGGAGCGUCGACCAGCUCAAGAAAGGCAGGAGAGGACCCGGCUAUUCCACUCACAAGAAAAUAUUAUUAGAAUAGAUAUGAAGUUGGCAAAUGAAGAUGUCAGUAUGCUUGCGUUUACUUCAGAGCAGAUUACUGCUCCUUUCCUUCUUCCUGAGAUGGUUGAAAGAGUGGCCAGCAUGCUCAAUUACUUUCUUCUGCAAUUGGUGGGUCCCCAAAGAAAAUCACUUAGUCUGAAAGAUCCUGAAAAGUAUGAAUUCCGUCCCAAGCAUUUGCUUAAGCAGAUUGUGCACAUUUAUGUUCAUCUAGCCAGAGGUGAUACCAACAACAUCUUCCCAUCUGCCAUCUCCAAGGAUGGUCGAUCAUACAAUGAUCAGCUGUUUAGUGCUGCAGCAGAUGUCCUUCGGAGAAUAGGUGAGGAUGGAAGAGUUAUACAUGAAUUUGUUGAACUCGGUGCUAAAGCAAAAGUGGCUGCUUCGGAGGCCAUGGAUGCUGAAGCUGCUUUAGGGGAAAUACCAGAUGAAUUCCUUGAUCCGAUUCAGUACACUCUGAUGAAAGAUCCGGUUAUCUUACCUUCUUCAAGGAUCACAGUUGAUCGUCCUGUCAUCCAGAGGCAUCUUCUGAGUGAUAGCACUGACCCAUUCAAUCGUUCUCACCUCACUGUCGAUAUGCUGAUUCCUGAUGAUGAACUGAAGGCCAGAAUUGAGGAGUUUGUGAGGUCCCAGGGAUUGAAGAAACAUGAUAAAGGCCAAAGUAUGCAGAGUAGCAAGGCCGCAAUUCAGACCACGAAUGAGGAAAUGUUGAUUGAUUAGGAACUUUUCAGGGUUUCAUAGCUUUUGGAAUGAAGAAUUUGGUUCUUGUGGUCUGCAUAAUAAUGCUAGAUGUGGAUCUUAGUUUCAUUUAUUUUUGUAUAAUGUAAUCUAGUCGUUAGUAGUUGAAGCUGUAAAGAUAUUUUGGCAAGUUGGGUGAAGAACUUGUGAUUUUAAUUUUGACUACGAAUUCAAAUUUUAUUCUACACAAGGCACAAAAGUUUGGGAUUCUAAA